AUGGAGUCAGAAAAUUCUACUUUAAUAACAGAAUUUGUCUUAUCAACAUUCUCUGAUAUCCAUGAAUACCAGACUGCCCUUUUUGCAGUUUUUCUCCUCAUUUUAAUGAUCACUGUGACAGGAAAUUUGGUUAUCAUUGUGUUGACUUGCUGGGAUUCUAAUAUGCAGUCCCCAAUGUACUUUUAUUUGGGUCACUUGUCCUUUGUAGACAUUUGCCUGUCUUUGGUGACAGUUCCUCAAAUGCUAAAAAACUUCCUGUUGGAUCUGAACAGAAGAGUCAUUUUGUUUGAAGGUUGCAUGGCUCAGAUCUACUUCUUCUUGACAUUUGCCAACGUAGAAGACUUUUUGCUUGCCGUCAUGGCUUAUGAUCGAUAUGUAGCCAUCUGUGACCCUCUCCACUACACGGUGGUCAUGAGCAAAAGGCUUAGAAUCCAACUCAUUGCUAGCUGCUGGUUGCUUUCAACAGCAAAUUCGAUUUUGCACACAACUUUGACUUCACGGCUUUCCUACUGCCGGUCCAACUUAAUAAACCACUUUCUGUGUGACAUGGUGCCACUCUUUCAGCUGUCUUGCUCCAGCACAAUCAUCAAUGAAUUGGUAAUCUUCACUGAAGGCUCCAUUGUGGUAAUGGGACCAUUUCUGUUCAUCCUGGUCUCUUAUAUCCAUAUUAUUUUGGCCAUUUUUAAGAUCCACUCAGCAGGGGGAAGGAGUAAAGUUUUCUCUACUUGUUCUUCCCACCUUUCUGUGGUGAUAUUUUAUUUUGGAACCAUCAUGUUUACAUAUUUCCGUCCUUCAUCAAGCUACUCAUUGACAAAGGACAGGGUGGCUAGUGUUAUGUAUAUGGUUCUAGCCCCCAUGUUGAACCCUUUCAUAUACAGUUUGAGGAACAAGGAUGUAAAGCAAGCUUUACAAAGACUGAUGGCCAAAAUGAAUCCUGUUUGA